UGAUCCAACCGAGAAACGGUGCAGUGCCUGAUCAGACACACUUAACUAGCAGGUUUUGACUGACCAGUACCGACAUUACACGUAAUUGCGAAAUAAGAGUGAAAUACCUUGCACCAGGUGAAUCGCACAGCAGCAGUGCACAUGAGAAACGCAGUUUAGAUUAGGUGUGGACUAUUUUCUAAUGUUAUUCAAAGGAUUCUCCACGAAAAACUUUCCCCGCUGCGAGAGGGCCUCAUCGUGCCAUUGCAACAGGUUUCUAGCAGGAACAAUAGUUGGGCUUUAAUUGCGAAAUACUGGUCAAUACCUCCAACACAGCACCGCGAAGUAACGCGGUCCAACUCUUAAAUGGCUGGGUAUUAAAAGAGAGAUCAACAAAGGGGAAAUUUAACCGAGUGGCAUCACCAUUGCGGUUUGUCGGAUCUCAUUUUGGGGAUUAUCUCGUACGCCUGCUCUGCAUUUUGUCGAAUCCACGAUCAAAGGAAUAAGUUUAAAUGCGGUACGGAGCUAAAAUGAUGCCGAUGUUCCUGACCGUGUACCUCAGUAACAAUGACCAGCAUUUUACGGAGGUCCCCAUCACCCCAGAGACCCUCUGUCGUGAUGUUGUGGAGCUGUGCAAGGAGCCAGGAGAGACAGAGUGCUACCUGGCUGAGAUGUGGCGUGGCUCAGAGCGGGCCGUCGGCGAGGGCGAGCGGAUGCUGGACGUGCUGCAGCACUGGGGCCCGCAGAGGACGGAGGUGCGCUUCUUCCUUCGCCACGAGCGGGCGCCCAGCCGCGACUCAGGUGAGGGGCGCCGCGCGGAGAGAGCGAGAGCGCGCAGCUGUCGCCCUCACUCUUACCAUUUGCCCCAGGCGUGUGUACGCAUAAACAGUGAAAGGCUUUACAGCCAGUGA